AUGUCUCUAUGUUCUGAGCUCCAUGAGCUUCCAUACAUUGUCCAACAGAGACGGGACACCAAACUUGGUCCCAUCCGCAAGCGCAUCAUCAUCUGCUGCGACGGAACAUCGCAGUCUGCCGUCUCAGGCAAGAAGAACGUCCCAUCAAAUGUGACACGUCUCUGCCGCGCUUUGAACAGCGUCGGAACAGAUAAAGACGGCAACCAGUGGCAGCAAAUAGUCUGGUAUGACUCCGGAAUCGGCACGACUUCCCUCGCCCUGGGCAAGAAGGUCGAAGGCGCCGUCGGGCAGGGCCUGGAAGGCAAUGUUGUCGAAGCGUACAACUUUUGCGUUCUGAAUUAUAAUCCCGGGGAUAAGAUUAUGUGUUUUGGUUUCUCGAGAGGCGCCUUCACGGCCCGCGCCAUUGCUGGACUAAUCUCCGACAUUGGCAUCUGCAGUAAACAUGAUUUGAACCGGUUUCCGGAACUCUGGGAGGUUUAUAAAAGAAAUGAGCCUGGGAAGCGGUUUUUUUGCAGUGAUCUCUGGUUUGAGUGGAUGGAAGGCAAGGCUGAUGAGAAGCAGGGUGCUAGAGGCGAGGAUUUCGUCUUUGAGAAGCGUGCCCAAGGUGACUGGGCUCAGGAGGGUUCGAGGGAAGUGGAGGUCGUUGGAGUUUAUGACACAGUCGGUGCUAUCGGAAUGCCGGAGGUUAUGGGGGUAAAGCUGCCAUCAUGGCUUUUGUGGUGGUCGGAUAAAGGUGGAUGGGAAAAUGUGGGACUUUCAUCCAAUGUCAAACAUGCAUUCCAGGCUUUGGCUCUCGAUGAACACCGCAAUGCCUUUUCACCCACCCUAUGGUAUCUGCCGAAAUUCGGAAAUGUGACUUCAAAGCAGAUAGAAGCCCAGAAGAAAGAAGUCAUGAAGAAGGCUCAAGAAUGGGACGACCUCUUGCAAAAGGCAAUGAGGCUCAAGGAUAGCGGCAAGGCCAGUGAUGAGGACGUGAAUGGCGCAGCCCGACACCUUAACGAGACGGCCAGAGCCUUGAACGAAGAGAGUCGAAAGCUAAUGAAGUUGGAAGACGAUCACAAGCAUCAGCAUCAUCCCCGAACUUUGAGACAGGUGUGGUUCCCCGGAUAUCACAUUCACAUAGGCGGAGGAUCGAGCGAUACACUUAAUGGCGAGGGUGACAUGGAAGAAAUGUCCAGUAUCUCCUUUGCGUGGAUGUUGGACCAGAUCAAACCCUAUCUCUCGCUCAACGAAAAAUACUUGGCCAAGGAAAGAGCAGAUAUGGAGUACCACAUUUCAACUCUUGUCGAAAACUCGUUCUACAAUGAGUCCUGGGGACAAUGGGCUCUACGCAAAGCCGCAACCUUGAGAAAUCACUUCACGGUUGCCGUUAAGACUGCGGAUAAGCAACGCAGCUAUGGCUGGGGAACGGGUGAGCUGAAAGACAGCUUCACGCCAUUCUAUUAUCUCAACGGGUCAAAGAAGCGCACCCCAGGAAGUUAUGAUCCGUUAGACAAAGACGGGCAGCCGCUGGGUGAUACUUUCGAGUUUGUCCACCCGGUGGUUGGAUUCAGAGAGAAACAACUUCCGGAUUACACGCCUAUUGGGCAUGGAGCUAAGUUUGAUCGCCGGAAGACGGUCAACGAGAAUGGCCAUCCUUGUGUUGUGUAUUAUCUGGGUGAUGCGCGCAAGUCCUUGCCCGAAUGGCCCUUGGGAGGAUUGGACUCCUAUGAGAGGUUGGUCAUCACUAGCAAGGCCUCGUAUGAUUAUGUCGACGAACUGGAUUUAUAUUUGAAGGCUGGAAUCAAGACACCCCGCCGAUCCGUUUAG